AUGCGGAGCCCCCGGGCCUGGCCUGGCCGCGCGCCCCGCCCCCUCCCCGCCGAUCCGCCCGCCCUUUGUCCCCCGCGGCCGCCGCUACACACAGAAUUUCAUCAUAACUUCUCAAAAUGUAACAUAUUCAUGCUGCAGAGGCCGCACUGCCAGCGGCCCUGGGGCGUCGGACGCUGGACGCGGCAGGCAGCGCGCAGGUGCGUCCCGUGGCGCCACGGCGGCCGCCCGUGGGGAGUGCGCCUGCGCCCGGCGCUGUGCCCCGGAAGUGGCCCCUUGUGCCCCGGAAGUGGCCCCUUGUGGCCCGGCGCUCAGGUAGGAGUCCUCGCGGGUCCCGUCCGCUGCUGCCGGAGAGCCCGCGCGAGCUGUCGGGAGCCGUCCUGGACGCUGCCGGCGGAGCCUGCGGGAGACCCAGCGCCCCCGGGGUCAGGCCGGGCUCAGAGAGGCUGCGGCCCGAGGCUGCCGCGCCGUUUCCCGGGCGCGGUUCUCUUCUUCGGCCCUUCGUGGAAGCAGCGGCCUUCGCGGGCCCCUGUGCCGCCAGCAGACCGGGCCCCCUUGGCGGUACAUCUCCUGCUCAGCCAUCCUCAGAUGGAAGUCUGCUCCUCAUCUGUUCCUGCCCAAAAGCCUGUUCAAGUCUUGAGGAGCCGUCCUCGAUGCUGCUGGCGGAGCCUGAGUGAGACCCAGUGCCUCCGGGGUCAGGCCUGAAUCAGAG